AUGGAAUCAAUGCCUGUUCAGACCCCAACAAGAACCGCUGAUCUAAACUUAGGAGCAAAGCACCAACGCCGCACUUCUAAAACUUCAUGUAAGAAGCCCAAGAAGGCUCAGGGAUUCUUGAAAGGCCAGGACCCAGCUGAAGGUCCCACAUUCAAUGUCAACUGCAUUUAUAGAGGGCAAGAAUACUUGGGAAAAGCCAGCAAAGAAAGAAAAAUGCAUGCAAGAAGCUCUGGGUUUAGUUGGAAAAGAGUCCAAACACUACCCACCCAUCUGUCUCUCUUUUCCCUCUGGCUCACUCGGUUUCUCUCCCCUCUCGCUCAUCUCACCCCUUCUCUCACUCCGUCUCGCUCAUGCUCAAAGCCGAGCCCUCCUCCUGCUUAUUUUCACACAGCACAAGCUCACAUUCUCCCCUUCCCUCACCCCAAGCGACAUCGUUUUCUUCAGUUUCCUCUGAAGAACAACUCGGAGUUGAGAGUGCUUUGUAGAAUUAAGGAGAAGGAAAGCGUCAGAGAAACCAAGAGCGUCAAUGGGCUACCGGUGGAUAAGGUCCAACGGAUGGGUUGGAUUCUGGGUCCGAUUCUGAGGGGGAAUUGGGUCAAGAAAAUGGGUCUGAGGAAGUGGGUUUUGAUUGGGAUUGGGCGCCGACCUCAGAGGUACAAGCUCAUUAGGUUUGGGGAAGUGGGUUUUGAUUGGAAUUGGAGAAAGCAUUUCCCCAUCCGCCUCAAUAGGCCUUAUUGCCAGGACAAUACUUUUGGAAGAGCGUUCACGGGCUGUAGCAUUUGUCUUUGGUGGUCUUAGUGUAGGAAGUGUUGUAGGGUAUGUUGCAGGGGUUUUUGAAGAUUUAUUUAUUUAUUUAUUUAUUUAUAUUAAAAAAAUGAAAAGGGGAAAGUCGAAUCUUAGAUUCUGAAUACAACAUGAGGAUGUUUUAAUUUUUGGUGUCAUUCUAAAUAAGAUUUGUUUUUCUUAUGUCUA